AUGAUAAAUAUUUAUUUGAUUACUUUUAUUGUUUUAUUUAUUUUUAACAUUGGUUCAACUGUUGCUCAAAAUAAUAUUUGGGUGUUCAAUGAUCAAGUGGGUUUACCAAUUCAACAAAUCGAUAUAAACAAUUCAUCUUUGUAUCCAAUUCAAUUGAGUGGUCUAAAUAUUUUGUCAUCUCACUACUUUGAACAGAUUAUAUUUGUCGAUAAUCAAAAAUUCAUCUUUGUUUCGCAUGAUAAUAACUAUAAUAUUUAUUUAAAUAAUUAUUAUUUCGCAAAUGAAUCUUUAUCUAGUUCACUGAUUUACAAAGGAACUUAUUUCUAUUGGAUGUCUGCCCAAUUGUCACAAGACCAAUCAAACAUACUACUUGUUAGACAAUCAGAGUUGCUUAGAAUAGAUGUUUUAACUGGUGAAAUUAUUGAAAAUUCUAUAAUAAGUUUACCAAGUCUUAGCCCAAUUGCUAAACAAGAUUUGGAAUCUGAAUAUUAUAACACUGUUGUAGAUUUCGACAAUGACAUUUGUUAUAUUUAUGUUUUCUCCGAAGGCUAUGAAGGAGAGAAUGUAUAUUGUAAUUUCUGGAAGGGUUGUGAAUAUUUCUUUACUGUAGAUCUGAAGAAAGGCAAAGUUGUAUCGCAAUCCUAUAGUUCUGAGAUCGGUGGUAUUCAAUUGGUCCAAUUUCAAUCGUCACCAACCAAUAAGAUCAUUGCAACCGGUGCACAAACAGAGAGUACUUCCUACAUCUAUACAGUAGAUCCAAAUUCUUUGGCAUUCCAAAAAGUGCAACCAUUCAAAUCUCAAUACUCUGUAGUUGCAUCGUCCAUCAUUGCCACCAGUAAUAGCAACCAAAUCGUAACACUUUCUAAUUCUAAUAACUAUCAAAAUGAUUAUUAUGUCUCUGUUUUUGAUUUAAAUUCCAAUCAAUUCCAAUCAUCCUACUUCUUUUCAUCAAACAACACAUUGCUUUUUGUCAAUGCUUUUUAA